AUGUACAAAAAUCAACCAGUUUCCAAAGAUAAUGUAGUGUUUAUUGGUUUCUGCUGUGUCGGAUCAGCAGUUUGUAUUGUUCUUUUGAUCGUUUUAUUAUUGUUUUUAUGCACAGGAUGUUUUAUCUGUCUUACGAUCCUAUUUUCAUUUCUUGCGUUAGGUGCUGUUAUUGCUUUGACAGUGAUAAAAGGAAAUCUAGCAGCUAGAAUUACCCUUCCUAUAUAUUGCUUCAUUUUCCCACUUUUAUUCUGUUUCAAACUUUGUGGAAAAAUAAGGUUCAGUACAUGCGUUCUUAAAUCAGCAGUUUUACUUGCAUCAAAAUUCCCGAGCACAGUAAUAUUAACAUUAUUUGUUGUUAUCCUUCAAGCAGCUCUUAAUUAUGCAUUUGAAGUUGGAACUGUAGCUGUUUAUUAUCAUGAUGUCAGUCCUUGGGUUUAUAUUUGGGUGAUUCUAUCUUAUUUCUUUUUGACAAAUACAAUUAAGAACUUCAGUUAUACAGUAAUUGCUGGUGUCAGCUCAUGCUGGUAUUUCUUAAAUGAAAGUCCAGAUAUGCCUCGUUUUCCAUUUUGGAUUUCAUUCAGACAUAUGAUUGGACCAAGCUUUGGUCCUUGUGCUCUUGGAGGCCUUUUACAAGGCAUUUGUGAUACAAUCAAUGAAGUCAAUGAUACAUCAAAGACAAAUCCUCUAUUUUGUAUUAUCAAUUGUAUGUGUUUAUGUUGCAAAUGCAUUGUUACGGUAUUAUUGUUGAUUGUUAAUAGAUUUGCAUUGAUAUAUUGUGCGAUGUUUGGUGUAAGUACAAAAGAUGGAGUAAAGAGAUGGUUCAAACAAAAAUCUCGAAAAAUGGUCAAACAAUGCAUUGUUGCAACAGUCAUAAAGGCAACAUUCGAUACAUAUUCAUGGGUUUCAUCAUCUGUUUGCGGUGCAGUUGCAUCAUUUUUCGCUGCAAGGAAAUACGGUGUUGAUUCUCCUGAAUAUGUUUUUUCUGUUAUAAUGGGAACAUUUUUCGGAAAGCAAGCUGUUGUUUUUAUUGGGCGCUCCUAUUAUGACAAUGAGUGA